UAUCCCCUCCGCUCCGCGGCUUUCUCCCGCGGUUUCCCUUCCUCCAAGAAAGAAAAACCGACGUCGUCGCUCGCUCGUCCAAGAAAACCACGAUCUCCUUCCUCUUUCCACCAUCCACGAUCCAAUCCAUUCGGUCGCCGUCAUCCCCCUCGUCCUCCUCUCGUGACAGAUCACUUCCUCAAGACUUCGGAUGGAAUCCAUUAAGACACAAUCUCAAGGUUCUGCCUCUUCUGUUCCAAAGAACCCAGCCAUGUCCUCUUGUCGGAAGAAGAAGUCUGACGACGCUACGUUCCUCGAAGAUCUGAAAGACCAUAUCGACGAGUUCAUCCAUGCCUCCAUGGAUGAGCACAAGCAUUGCUUCAAAAACACCAUCCAGAAGAUGUUUGGGAUGUCAAAGGUUGUCGCAGAGCGUUCCGCUGAAGCAAAAGAAGCUGAAGUCGAGAGCGCUUUGCCUCUUCAGACCAGUGUCUCGCAGUAGGAUGCCAUGGCUGAUGGCAGCUUGUUUGCCUUCUGUUGCCUGUGUUCCGUCCUGUGGAGCUUAACAAUCAGUAAUACCUGUAAUAGCAGUGAAUAUGGAGUCUACUGCUUUAUGUUUCCUUGUAUUUUGCUGUUUUUUUCAUAUAUUUUGAGAACAAAUCUUGAACAAAAUGGGGUAUAACUAAAAAGUCUACUUCAACAAGUGUCGAAUUGCUGA